AUGAAAGACUUCACUGAAAUCACACUUUGCCCCGAGGCUCUGGACCACAGCAAGGGUGAGGAGUCCCGGGCAGUGCCAAACACCAAACACCCACCAGAGGAGGAUGGGACCAGCCCUGCAUCACCUCGGGACAGCCUUGGCCGGCAGCUCUGGGGCCAGGCAGGCUGGCGGUACCGCGCCGACUGCAAGUUCACCUGGCUCUGCGUGGCUCUGAUGAGUGCCAUCCUCCUCUUCCUCAUCGCCCUCCUGUUGGGCAUCAUCAUCCACCAGCUGACAUCCCCGCAGCCACCCAGCGCCCCAGCUGCAGCCCUGCCUGCCCACAGCACCAGCUCCACCACUGUAGCACCGACCCAAAGGGCUCCCCCGGCUCCCAAAACAGCUGCCACCCCAACCCAGAGCUGGCUGCCCACAGCUGGCACGUCAGCACCGCCAGCGCCAGCCUGUGGUGGGACCCUGCGGGGUCCCGAGGGCUCCUUCAGCUCUCCCAACUACCCCGGCCCCUACCCACCUGACACACUCUGCAUCUGGCGCAUCGAGGUGGGCCCUGGCCUUGCCAUCCAGCUGAAGAUGGAGACCUUCAGCGUGGAGGGCACUGCCUCCUGCCUCUUCGACCGUGUGGAGCUCUAUGAGGAGCAGGGGGCCAGAGGCAGCAUCUCUCGGUUUUGCGGCAACGUGGUCCCCCCGACCUUCAACACCAACUCCAAUCACCUGCGUGUCAUCUUCGUCUCCGACAGCAGCGUGGGCGCCCCAGGCUUCAGCGCCCGCUACCGCGCUGUGCCUCCCAGUGAGAAGAGCUGUGCCUGGGACGAGCACUUGUGUGAUCAGGGGCUCUGCCUCCACCUGGGCUUCGUCUGUGACGGCUUCCACGACUGUGUGGACAAGAGUGAUGAGGCCAACUGCAGUCUGAAACACAAAGAGUGUGGGGGGCCACUGACCGCCUUGGAGGGGCACUUCUCCACCCCAAGCCAUCCUCAACCAUACCCGCACCAGCAGCUGUGCCUCUGGCAGAUCUCAGUGCCCGUGGGCCACGUCAUCGACCUGCACUUCCACAACUUCAGCCUGGAGUCACAUGAGGACUGCAGCUUUGACUUCGUGGAGGUGCACGACAGCGCAGGCACAGGGGCCGCCAGCCUCAUGGGCAGGUUCUGUGGCCACCAGCUGCCACCGACUCUGACCUCCUCACGCCAUGUCAUGACCAUCCUCUUCGUGGCGGACGAGGGAGUAGCUGACGAUGGGUUCUUCGCCACCUACCAAGCCCGCAAUGCCACAGAGAAGACCUGCAGCCCUGCAGAGUUCUCCUGUGGAAACGGUGAGUGCCGGGCGCUGGAGUCUGUGUGUGAUGGCUGGCACGACUGCCCUGAUGGCACGGACGAGCUGAACUGCACUGGGGUCUCCUACCCAGCCUUCGGGUCUGUCUGUGAGCCUGUGGAAGUGGAGAUGUGCCUGGGGCUGGGCUACAAUGCCACCUCCUUCCCCAACAUCUGGCUGGCCAUCCCGGACCAGGAGGGAGCCGCCGAGGUGCUGCAGGACUACCAGACGCUGAUGGAGCUCGCCUGCUACCAGCACCUUCGCCUCCUCAUCUGCAGCCUUUUCGUGCCCAAGUGCACCCCAGAUGGUGGUGUCCUUCAGCCCUGCCGAGCCGUGUGCCUGGCUGCCGAGCUGCGGUGCCAGCAGUCUCUCGGCCUCCUCGGCAUCCUCUGGCCCAUCAACUGCAACAUCCUGCCCGACUCCAAUGACCCCGUAGAGUGCUUCCAGCCCUGA